AUGUCCAGUUUCAAGAACAUCAAGCGGGUGCUCAUUGCCAACAGAGGCGAAAUUGCUGUGCGGAUCAUCAAAACAUGCAACAAGUACCGGCUUACAGCCGUUGCCAUCUACUCGAAAGAGGAUCUCGAGUCGCUCCAUGUGAGUUUGUCGGAUGAAGCGUAUCUUCUGAGCGGCGUUGGAGCUAACGCAUACACCAACAUCCCAGAGAUCAUCGAGCUGGCCACGAAACACAACAUUGACGUUGUCGUUCCUGGCUACGGCUUUCUUUCUGAGAACUCAGACUUUGCAGCAGAGUUGGCCAAGAACGGUAUUCUUUUUGCCGGUCCUUCGUCAGAAUCUGUUGAACAGUUUGGCCUGAAACACCUGGCUCGUGAUAUUGCAGUCAAGGCAAACGUGCCUGUGGUUCCUGGAACCAGCCUGAUCAGCGACAGCGAGGAGCUUAUUUCCGAAUGCAACAGAAUCGGCUACCCUGUGAUAUUGAAAGCCACGGCAGGAGGAGGAGGAAUGGGACUUAAGGUGUGCUAUAACGAAAGCGAGCUUGUGGCAAACUUUGCCGAGGUCACUUCCCGAGGUACGUCCCUUUUCUCCAAUGCCGGCGUGUUUGUGGAAAAAUAUAUUGAGAAAGGUCGUCACAUCGAAGUCCAGAUGUUCGGCAACGGUCUCGGUGAUGUGGUCACGUACGGGGAAAGAGAAUGCUCUAUCCAGAGAAGACACCAGAAAGUGAUUGAGGAAUGUCCCUCGCCAUUUGUGUCUGAUCUUGGUAGCAAGCACAAUUUGCGCGAACGUCUCACCUCCGCUGCAAAACGUCUGGCCUCCACCAUCAAAUACAAGUCCGCCGGCACGGUCGAGUUCCUGGUGGACGACACGACUGGCGACUUCUAUUUUUUGGAAGUCAACACCCGGUUGCAGGUGGAACACGGAAUUACAGAAAUGGUGUAUGGCGUCGAUUUGGUUUAUUUCAUGUUGUUGCAAGCAGAGUACGAAAGCAACUUGUCUGGAGUUCCUGCUGAAAUUUUGAGAGCAAAUGUGAAAUACGACGCAAACGGCGUCGAAGUCCCCAAUGGCCAUUCGAUCGAAGUCCGUGUGUACGCGGAAAAUCCAGUACGCAACUUUGCUCCGUGUCCCGGAGUUUUACACAAUGUCUCGUUACCAGAAGACGGCAUUUACGGGGACUACCGGGUGCGAAUUGACCACUGGAUUGAGACCGGUAGCAAGGUGUCGCCUUACUUUGAUCCGCUUCUUGCUAAGGUAAUGGUCUGGUCUCCAGUCCGGACCAGUGACAACAUGAUUGGAGUUUUGAAAGAUAUCAAGAUUCAGGGCCCAGUCAACAACGUGGAGUACUGUAUAAAUAUCCUGGACAGCCCCGAGUUCCGCUCAGGAAACACGCUCACCAGCUUCUUAUCAGGUUUUGUGUUCAAGCCGCAUUUGAUUGAAUUCGAAAGCGGAGGAGCAUACACCACCAUCCAAGACCUUCCUGGAAGACGCAAAGUCAGGUUCGGAGUGCCUAUUGGUGGUCCAGUUGAUCCGCUAGCUCUACAAAUAGCAAACGUCAUUGUUGGCAACCAUUUGCACUGUGAAGCUCUCGAGAUCAACCUCAAGGGACCAGCCAUACGCUUCCAUGCCCCUGCAGUGGUUGCCCUUGCCGGUGGCAAUUUCAGAGUCACGCUUGAUGACAGGGACGUCCCUAUGUAUACAGAACUGUUCGUUCCUGCCGGAAGCCUCCUUGAAAUAGAGGAGCCCUUGGGAUCUGCUGCAAAGUGCUAUCUGGCAAUUAAAGGAGGAUUCCCUGGAGUGGCCAACUACCUGGGCUCCAAGGGAUGUCUGCCAAGUCUGCAGCUCGGUGGCCACCAGGGAAGGAUAAUACUCCCGGGGGAUUGUCUUGAUAUUUCAGAACGGGAGCCAAUCGAGGUCUUCAGAACCGGCUACCACUUCCCAGAGUCGCUCAUUCCUGACUACGAAAGACUCACCAACUUGGUCCGUGUUAUUGGAGGUCCGCACGACACGCCAGACAUUGUCUCUGAAGAAGGAAUGGAGCAGCUCUACUCUAUUCCCUACUCCGUCAAUUUCAACUCCAACAGAGGAGCCACGCGUCUGGACGGACCAGAAAUGAAGUUCAGCCGGCUUUCGGGCGGUGACGGCGGUGGCCACCCAAGUAACGUGCUGGAGUAUCCGUAUCCAACGUGUGGGUUGUCUGCCGUUGGGUCUGUGAUGACUCUGUAUGGGCCAGACGGAGCCACUGCCUCUGGAUUUGUGUGCAUUUUUGCUCCUGCUGAGGCAGACUUCUGGAAGUUCGGCCAGGCUGCUAUCAACAGCAAAAUACACUUUACUCCGAUCACCUACAACGAUGCUAUCAGACUCAUGAAGCAGCGAAACGAGUAUUUGGAGGAGAUUUCUAAACGUCCUAGCAGCUCGUCCAUCAAGUUCAACGACGAGCUUCCUGAGUAUGAGCCGCUGCAAAGCAAGGUCGGCAAUUUCUUAUACAGACGGGAACCAUCUGCAACCUUGCCGGAGGUUUGCUUUAGACAGGCUGGAGAGAGAAUGAUUGUGAUCGAUUUUGGCAACCUGGAAUUCGAUCUGCUCAAAAACGGCCGCCAGCAUGUGAUGGAGACAGAAAUCAGAAAACAAUUGCGCGGAAUGUUUGAGAGCAUUGAGUGCUGUACGGGUGCCAUGGGAGUUCUGUUUGACCCAAUGGAAGUGGACAGAUCUGAUCUGCUGGAGAAACUGAUCAAAUUGGAAGCCUCUAUUCCGCAGAUCGACAAGCUGAAAAUCCCGUCAAGAACAUUUAGAUUGCCGGUGGCCUUUGAACAUUCGGCCCUUGACCACUGUUUGGAGCGAUACAUGCACUCACAGCGCUCUCAUGCCACCUAUUUGCCGAAGAAUACUGACUAUCUCAUGAAGGCGAACCUCAUCAAGGACAUGGAGCACUUUAAGAGCUGCAUUAUCGGCAAGCCCGAAAUGGUGGUUGCAAUCACGUUCCUAUGUGCUAACGUUCUGAUGGCCACCGUGGACCCGCGGUGCAGGCUUUCUGCCUCGAAGUACAACCCGACACGUACGUCGACUCCUAGCGGAACAAUUUCGACCGGCUCUGUGUUGCAAUCUAUUUAUCCCCAGGAGUCCCCUGGAGGAUAUAUGAUGUGGGGCAUGACGCUGCCCAACUGGUACUGGGACACGUUCUGCCGAAUCCACGAGAAUCCCUGGCCUUUCAAGGUGUUUGACCAGGUGAUUUUCUAUGAGGUUGACGAGGAAGAGCUGCAGAGAAUGAACAAUUUAUUGCUGACGAAAAAAAUGAAGAUCGAGCCAACAGAGGGUGUCUUCGAUUUCGUGGAGUACAGGAGUUUCCUUGACUCAAUUGACGACGAGCUGAGGGAUCUGAAGAAACGCAAGCUUUUGGCAUUUGAAGAGUGCAAUCGCGAGGAGCAGGCGGACUUUGAGCUGUGGCAACAGGAAAAAGCUGCUGCUGCUGCCUCCAAAACAAAAUCGGACGACAUCAGCAAUGUUCCUGGAGCAAUCAAAAUCACGUCGCACAUGCCAUCGAACGUGUUCAAAAUUAAGUGCAAGGAGGGAGAAGUUGUUGCUAAGGAAGACCCACUCGUAAUUCUGGAGGCUAUGAAGAUGGAAAUUCCUGUGCAUAUCAAGGACAAGUCGAGUUUCGCAAAGUACAAGGUUUUGGGAGUUAUUGUCGAGGAGGGUGAUAUUGUGAACCCAGGUGAUGUUCUGAUGAUCAUCAAGGGGGUGGAGUCGACCUAG